CGCGCAAUUACCAUCAAAAUUUUGGCAGUCUAUAAGUUGUGGAAAAGAUUCGCAGUAUUGAAAUGCUGCCGACAGUGAAAUUUCAUUAAAAUACGAUUUCUAACAAAAUAUUUAACUAAAUAAACCGAAACGAAUUUAGUGUCGUCUGCUACCCACGAAACGUCGUACUUUUUUUUUCUUUUCGUUUCAUUAUAACGUAGAAUAUUGGAACGACAACUGUAACCGGCUGUGAAAAAGUUUUCAAUCAUGGCUAGUGUCUCUUAUCAAAUUGCAAACUUGCUGGAGAAGAUGACAUCCAGUGACAAGGACUUCAGAUUUAUGGCAACCAAUGAUUUGAUGAGCGAAUUACAAAAAGACAAUAUUAAAUUGGACGAUGAUUCAGAGCGUAAAGUUGUAAAAAUGCUUUUAAAGUUGUUGGAGGAUAAAAAUGGAGAAGUACAAAAUCUUGCUGUAAAAUGUUUGGGCCCAUUAGUCAAUAAGGUAAAGGAGUAUCAAGUGGAAACUAUUGUAGAUGCGCUAUGCAGUAACAUGGUGUCAGACAAAGAACAGUUGAGAGAUAUUUCCAGCAUCGGUCUGAAAACUGUUAUUUCCGAGCUUCCUUUGGGAUCCAGUGUACUUGUUGCAAGCGUUUGUAGACGGAUAACCGGCCGACUUAGCAGUGCUAUAGAAAAACAGGAAGAUGUGUCUGUUCAACUUGAAGCGCUUGAUAUCGUGGCUGAUUUAUUAUCCCGAUUUGGUGCUUUACUGAUCACAUUUCAUUCUCUCAUUUUGACUGCAUUAUUGCCACAACUUUCUUCUCCGCGUCAAGCAGUCCGAAAACGUACUAUAGUUGCUCUGAGUCAUCUUUUGACUUCAAGCAACAAUUACUUGUACAAUAAACUUUUAGACCACUUACUCGAAGGUCUCGGUACACAAACAGCAAAAAAUGUGAUACGUACUUAUAUACAAUGUAUUGCUUCCAUAUGUCGCCAAGCGGGACACAGGUUUGGAGAGCAAAUAGAAAGGGUUAUGCCAUUGAUUGUACAAUAUAGUAACGAGGAUGAUGAUGAACUAAGAGAAUACUGUUUACAAGCAUUUGAAGCUUUUGUAUACAGAUGUCCCAAAGAAAUUACACCACAUAUAAAUAAAAUUAUAGAAAUUUGUUUAACUUACAUUACAUAUGAUCCAAACUACAAUUAUGAUGACGAUAUGAAUGAUGUGUCCGAUGGAGAGGAUGUUAUGAUGGAAGUAGAAGAAGAUGGAGAAGAAGAUGCAGAAGAUGAAUAUUCAGAUGACGAUGAUAUGAGUUGGAAAGUUCGUAGGGCAGCUGCAAAAUGUCUCGAAGCUGUUGUAUCCAGUAGACGAGAACUUCUUCCCGAACUUUACAAAGUUGUUUCUCCAGCCUUGAUUGCAAGAUUCAAAGAAAGAGAAGAAAAUGUAAAGUCCGAUAUUUUCCAUGCAUACAUCGCACUUUUGAGACAAACAAGACCCGCUACCGGUGUACCCCUCGAUCCUGAUGCGAUGGAAGACGACGAUGGACCAAUAUCAUUAUUACAACAGCAGGUUCCGCUAAUUGUAAAAGCUGUCCAUCGUCAAAUGAAAGAGAAGAGUAUUAAAACAAGACAAGAUUGUUUUUCAUUAUUAAAAGAAUUAGUGCUUGUAUUGCCCGGUGCUUUAAGCAAUCACAUACCUGCAUUGAUACCGGGUAUUCAAUACUCUUUGGGUGAUAAGAAUUCUUCGUCAAAUAUGAAAAUUGAUACAUUGGCUUUUGUACAUACGUUAUUAAUAACUCAUCAACCAGAAGCGUUUCACGCUCACAUGGCAGUUUUAGCACCUCCGAUCAUAUCAGCUGUUGGAGAUCCGUUUUAUAAAAUUACAGCGGAAGCAUUAUUGGUGUUACAGCAAUUGGUUCAAGUAAUUAGACCACAUGAUAAACCGUGUUAUUUUGACUUCACAUCGUUGUCCGGAGAAAUAUAUCGUUGUACGUUAAUGAGACUUAGGACUGCGGAUAUUGAUCAAGAAGUAAAAGAAAGAGCAAUCGCUUGCAUGGGUCAGAUCCUCGCACAUUUUGGCGAUACUUUAUCCGAUGAAUUGCAUGUAUGCCUUCCUAUAUUUUUGGACAGACUUCGUAAUGAAAUUACACGCCUUACGACGGUAAAAGCUUUAACGUGUAUAGCAUCGUCUCCUUUGAAAGUAGAUUUGAAACAGAUUAUGGAAGAAGCAAUUCCAAUUCUUGGAUCCUUUUUAAGAAAGAAUCAACGAGCUUUAAAAUUAUGUUCCCUUCCACUUUUAGAUACUUUGGUUCGAAAUUAUAGUUCCACUCUUCAUGCCGAUUUAUUAGACAAGGUUACUACGGAAUUACCAGCGUUAUUAAAUGAGACUGAUUUACAUAUUGCGCAAUUAACUCUCAAUCUUCUCACCACCAUAGCAAAAUUACAUCCAGUCGCCCUUACGAGGGUUUCUGAUAAUAUCCUUCCAGAAAUAUUAGUGUUGGUAAAGUCCCCGCUCCUUCAAGGUGUCGCUUUAAAUUCGAUGUUAGAAUUUUUCCAAGCAUUAGUUCAAGCAGAUAUACCAGGUCUAGGUUAUAGAGAAUUGUUGUCAAUGUUAUUAGCACCUGUCAGUCAGUCCGUACUUCAUAAGCAAGCGUAUCAUUCGCUUGCAAAAUGUGCAGCCGCACUGACUAUCACAUGGCAUCAAGAAGCUCAAGCAGUGGUCGAACAAUUUUUGAAAGACGUGCAGAUUCCUCAGAGUGACGCGCAGCAUAUUUUUGCGUUAUUGGUUAUCGGUGAAAUAGGCAGACACGUGGACUUGAGUGGAAUCAGCUCUUUAAAGCAUACAAUUUUAAACUCGUUUUCAUCGCAUUCAGAGGAAGUUAAAUCAGCAGCUAGUUACACGUUAGGUAAUAUAGCAGUCGGUAAUCUUCCCGAAUAUCUACCAUUCAUAUUGAAAGAAAUCGAAGCGCAACCAAAACGUCAAUACCUGCUCUUACAUUCACUGAAAGAGAUAAUCACGUGUCAAUCUGCUAGUCCAUCUGGUGUAUCUCAUUUGCAAAAUUUUGUGCCUUCGAUUUGGAUGCUUUUAUAUAGGCAGUGUGAAUGUACAGAAGAAGGGACACGGAACGUUGUAGCCGAAUGUCUAGGAAAACUUACUUUAAUCGAUCCGGCUACAUUAUUACCAAGAUUACAGGAAUCUCUAAAAUCACCGUCUGCGUUAAUGAGAACUACUACAGUUACUGCUGUCAAAUUCACUAUUUCCGAUCAGCCACAACAAAUUGAUGCUAUGUUAAAACAAUGUAUGGGUAGCUUCUUAGUUGCUCUGGAAGAUCCUGAUUUGAAUGUAAGAAGAGUAGCUUUAGUUGCAUUUAAUUCUGCAGCUCAUAACAAACCGAUGCUCAUCAGAGAUUUAUUAGAUUCCGUGUUACCACAUCUUUAUGCUGAAACUAAGAUAAAGAAAGAACUUAUAAGGGAAGUUGAAAUGGGCCCAUUCAAACAUACAGUAGAUGAUGGUUUAGAUCUUAGAAAAGCAGCAUUCGAGUGUAUGUACACAUUGCUGGAUUCUUGUCUCGAUCGAUUGGAUGUUUUCAAAUUUUUAAAUCACGUUGAAAAUGGUCUCAGAGAUCAUUACGAUAUCAAAAUGUUAACUUAUCUCAUGACUGCGAGGCUCGCGCAGUUGUGCCCUGCAGCAGUUUUACAAAGGUUGGAAAGAUUGGUUGAACCAUUGAAAAGUACUUGUACAAUGAAAGUAAAGGCAAAUUCUGUAAAACAAGCAUAUGAAAAACAAGAUGAACUAAAACGUUCUGCCUUGAGAGCUGUGGCAGCAUUGUUAACUAUCCCAGAUGCUGAUAAAAAUCCGUCGUUAAGCGAAUUUGUAACACAGAUCAAAGGAACACCCGAAUUACAACCACUUUUCGAAAUAAUUCAAAAAGAUUGUACCGGUAGUAGUGUCAAUGAAACAAAUGUGAUGGAUCAGAGUUAAAAAGUUUACGACUUACUUUUUGUAUUUCACAUAGAUCGCUGUUAGCUAAGCAUUCACGGUCAUAUUAUUAAUAGUUUAUUUCUAUACGUUAUUUUUUCAUUAUUGUCUUCGAUUUGAAAGUAGUUUGAAAUGAAUGUGAUUUUAUGUAACACGCCAUGUAUAAAUUAUAAAAU